AUGACUAAAUUCCGACCUUGUAUAGAUUUGCACUCCGGACAAGUGAAGCAGAUAGUGGGAGGUACAUUGACCACCGCUUCUGCAGAUCUUAAAACCAAUUAUGUUUCCAAGCUUCCUGCAAGCUAUUUCGCAAAGCUAUACAAAGACAAUGGCUUAGCUGGUGCGCAUGUUAUCAUGCUCGGACCCGGAAACGAGGAUGCUGCUAGCGAAGCAUUAUCGGAGUGGAACGGUGGUCUGCAAGUUGGUGGUGGCAUUAAUGAUAAAAACGCGAAGCAAUGGAUAGAUUGGGGUGCGGAGAAGGUGAUUAUUACGUCUUACCUGUUCCCUGAAGGAAAGUUCUCCAAAGAGAAUCUUGACCUUGUACUCGCGGCCCUUGACGGAGAUAAAGAGAAACUGGUCAUUGACCUGAGCUGCCGGCGCAGGGAAGAGACUUGGUUUGUGGCCAUGAACAAGUGGCAGACAAUUACAGAUAUGGAAGUUAAUGAGAAUUCCAUAAAAAUGCUUGAACCGUAUUGUUCCGAAUUUCUCAUCCACGCAGCAGACAACGAGGGCCUACAAAAAGGCAUCGACGAGAAGUUGGUGGAAAGACUCGCCGAAUGGUGUAAUAUACCAGUCACCUAUGCCGGCGGCGGACGCAAUUUACAAGAUCUCGAUCAUGUCAAAACGCUUAGUGGGGGUAAGGUUGAUCUCACUAUUGGAAGUGCGCUCGACGUCUUCGGUGGCUCAGGUGUCACAUUUGAGGAGUGCGUCAAUUGGAAUAAGUCACACGCCUAA